GUUUUUUAUUACGUUAAGUAGAAUCACUUAUUAACAUAUACAUCAUACAAUAAUGAUUUGUUGGUAAAACGAUGUUUAAUGCAUAAGUACGAGUUAAUUGUUGUGUGAUUAAGCAUAUGUUCUGGUAAAAUUUAUUAGUAAGCAAUCCCUAAAUGGACAAACUAUUAUACUCCCUCCGUCCCAAAAUGGUUGGCCAAUGUUGACUUGCACGUGGAUUAAUAAAGUAAAAACUGUGUGGUUGAAAUUUGUGCAGAGGAGAGAGAAUUAACUUUAGCCACAUAUUCAUUACUUUAAAUGGAAAUGGCCAACCUUUUUGGGACGGCCAAAAAAGGAAAUUUGGCCAACCAUUUUGGGACGGAGGGAGUAUUGCUUAAAAAAAUUAAUACCUAAACUUAGUGUUGGGAUAUAUUAUCCCGGCCUAUUACUGUUCAGGAGCCCAAGACAUUACUCAGUACGGAGCCCGAGCAGUUAGGCCCAUUCCGGCCCAUCCGGCCCACUUUAGCCAUUUGGGCCCACUCUGGCCCGUUUGGCCCAUUAGGGUGGAGAGCCCCUUCUCCCCUUCCCCUAUUUAUAGGAGGUUUUCCCUCCAUGUAAAGGAUCCCUUUGAGCUUCUUCUUCCCUUUUUCUCUCUAGCCAGCUCUCUAGAUUAGAUGAUACUCCAUGAAUUGGAGCUUGAAUACUUGUACUAUGUAACGGUGAGGAGAGAUUAAUGAGAAUGAGAGGGCUUGGACAUUAGCCUAAAAAGUCCCGUGGUUUUCUCCCUUUCGGGUUUCCACGUAAAAACUGAGUGUUCAUACAUAUAUCUAUUAUAUCGUGUUGGAUUAAACUCAACACUGGCGCCGUCUGUGGGAAUCUGUCCAAAAAGAUUCAUGUAUUCUACUGUUCUUGAGUUUCUACAAGAAAAAUUCAUGUGAAGUGGACUGAUUCCAGCAAAAAAGUGAAGAAAAAUGAUGCUGGAAGCACCCAGAUCUAGUAAGAAUCGGAAGAAAUAGCGAUUGCUGGCCCAGUCCAGCCGCGACGCUGCACCAAGACGGAGGUGGAGUGCGAGCUCCGCCCUCAAACUUCGUCAUCAGUUGCGGCUCCUUCCUUCAGUCGCGGCACCGGCGGACAUCGUAGCAGGGGCUCCCCAACCUCACCGGUUAGUACGACCUUUCUCUGUCUGUUGCAGCUCCACCUCGAGCCAGAGGAGUUUUCUUCCGUUAAAUGGCCGCUUAGAGCUUAAAGAGGGGACAUUCUGAAGUUCUGCCGGACUCCCACCGGAGGCAGGCAUCCGUCGCCGUCCCUGCACCUUUGGCGACCUUCCCUAACAACCGCCAGCAAGCGGCCAGCAGGCGGACAACACUUCAGUUGUUCUUGGUUGGAAGCGAGCCACGUCGUGGAAGGAGGGAUGUGGACCAAGUCCUCAUUUGGGAUUGAUGAGCUUCGCAUUAUUUGAGUAGCCGACAUAUUUAGCCAGCAUGUUGGGGAAGUGAUUGUUGACUCGGUCAACAUAUAUCCCUUGAGGCAUUCCAAUCCGGGGUGCACGCUACAAGAGUUAAGUUUUCACAAAAAACCUUGGUCAUUUACUAAUAAGAGUAGUUAUUCGGACAACAAUAUUAGUAUUGCUAGUAUUUUGAUCACCAUUAUUUAUAAGGGAUUAAAACUCCCGAAAUUAAAUAAUGAGAGCGAUGCUCUAAGUGAUAAUUAAUUUCACCGUCAUUUUAAUUAAUGAUGGGUUGUGGUGGGCCCGUUGGCCCGCUCCCGAUCGGCUUUGAUUAGCGAACAAAGCGUAUCUGAAUGGCUUAUGGUAGGAUAAUACUAUUAUUACUACCCGUACAGCACUAUUAUUUAUUAGGGAUAAAAUGUCCCGAAUUAAAUAAUGCUGAGCGAGGCUCAAGUGAUGGUUAGUUCAGCUAACAUUUUAUUAAGUAUUUAAUUUCUUGUGGCCCCGAUGGCCCACUCUCGAUCAGCUUGAUUAAGCGGUCUGAGCGUCCCCAAAAGGGCGAUGCCCCAACGACGCAUUUUAAUUUGAGGGUUGCACGUUAGUCCGCACGGCACUACGUGCCCGAUCGACGAUCGUACCCCAGUAUCAUCUACGCCAUUAGGCGAGAAGUGACCCUUGCCAGACGCGGCCUGUGGGGCCUCGAGGGCACCAAAGCGCUCAGCCUCGUGUUUCCGAGGGCGGUGCGACCAACUUGGGUCUGAGUUUGAAAACUCACAGACCGAUGAAUAUUUCUAUGUGACGUCCGGCGGGCUGCUAAUUGGCCCCGCCGCGAGCUGCUACGUCCAUUAACCCCGCACGAUGAGCCGGGCCGAGGGUCACGAUGACCCAUAGGCCGGUAAUCGUGGGUGUUAGAGAGAAGGCCAUGCAGAUGGUUAUGUGUGCAUAUUUAUUGUCGGGCCGUGCGGCCCGUUAUCAUGCUUAUUGCGUAGCUGAAGCCACUCGACGCGCUUGAGCGAAAUGAUUAGAAGACGCUCGGCCCGAGUCUUGAAGACGUGCAGGGCCGGCUAAAGAGGAGACCAUCACGGCUGAGGACCGUGAGACGAGCAUCUCCACCUAGAGGCCGAGGGCCUAGAGGAGACCACCACGGUUGAGAACCGUGGGACGAGCAUCUCCACCCCAGAGACCGAUGGCCUAGGAAGAACACCUAGAGGCCGAGGGUCUAGAGGGAACUGCCACGGCGAAGAACCGUGAGACGAUCAUCCAUCAUUCCAGAGGCCGAGGGCCAAGAGGAAACCAUCACGGCUGAGAGCCGUGAUACGAGCAUCUCCACACCAGGAGCCGGUGGCCUAGAGGAGACCACUACGGCCGAGGGUCGUGGGACCAUCCUUACAUCACGACUGACCUCACGGUACGGCGUGUUUAUCACCUGAAGACCGGUAUCAUCCCCGCGCUGCGCGGAUGAGAGCCGUUGCACGGAUACACUUGAUCGGCUUCUCAUUGCCGACGUCAUUAUAUCAUGACCGGCCUCUCGGCAUGGCAUGAUUAUCUUAUUUGAAGACCGGCCUCGUCCCCGCUCCUCGCGGAUGAGGGCCGUUGCUUGAUUCUUCCGGUCGGCCUCUCAUUGCCGACAUCAUUAUUUCAUGACCGGCCUCUCGGCACGGCGUGUUUAUCCUUUGAAGACCAGCCUCGUCCCCGCGCUGCGCGGAUGAGGACCGUUGCUUGAUUUUCAGGUCGGCCUCUCAUUGCCGACAUCAUCAUAUCACGACCGGCCUCUUGGCACGGCGUGAUUAUCAUAUUUGAAGACCGGGCUCGUCCCCGCACUGCGCGGAUGAGGACCGUUGCUUGGAUUUCAGGUCGGCCUAUCAUUGCCGACAUCAUUAUAUCAUGACCGGCCUCUCGGCAUGGCAUGAUUAUCUUAUUUGAAGACCGGGCUCAUCCCCGCGAUGCGUGGAUGAGGACCGUUGCUUGAUUUCAGGUCGGCCUCUCAUUGCCGACACCAUUAUGUCACGACCGGCCUCCCAGCUCAGUGUGUUUCCCAUACUUGAAGACCGGUUUCAUCCCCGCCCCUCACGGAUGACAGCCGUUGCUUGUUUUCUCAGAUCGGCCUCUCAUUGCCGACAUCAUUACAUCACGACCGGCCUCCUGGCUCGGCGUGAUUAUCUUAUUUGAAGACCGGCCUUGUCCCUGCCCCUCGCGGACGAGGACCAUUGCUUGAUUCUUUCAGGUCGGCCUCUUACUGCCGACACUAUCAUGUUAUGUUCGGCCUCCCGGCACGACAUAUUUAUCUUUUGAAGACCGGUUUCAUCCCCGCGCUGCGUGGAUGAGAGCCGUUGCUUGGAUAUAUCGGCUUGAUCGGACACUAUUGUCAUCUCCUUAUCAGGACCGACUGCUCAGCGACAUUAUGAUCAUUAUAUAUCGGCUCCCGAUGCCGACCUUCUUGAGUUAGCGAUCGGGCUCACCCCUCCCCUCCAGGAGGGUGACCAUCGCCUUCGCAUGACGACCAGCAUUUCCAUCGCCUCGUCAUCCGCUUCAUUUUGGUAUCCCACCACCGUUAUGUGUGACAUCACUUGUGGUCAUUCUUGGAAACCGACGAACGAAUUUUCCUCCCUCAAAAAAAAAAACAAACAAAAAAAAAGAUGGGGAGAAGGGGAGAGAGAAGCUCCUAUGAGAGAGGGAGUCUUGACGAGGUAUGCCUAAUCUUCCUUCGCCGCGUAUGACGAACGUCUCCCGACGCGGAGGCUAGUAGGAACGUGGGGGGGCUAGACGUACCAAAGGGAACCUCGGCAAGAUAAACCAGUUCCUCCCAUGACCCGUGGUUCGACGAACACCUUCUGCCAGAGCAGAAGGCUAGUAGGGCCACGAGCAUGGGACGACGAAGCAGGGAAUCCCGACGUGGAUAAACCGGUUCCUCCUUGCGAUCGUUGGAUGACCGAACGUCUUCUUCGAAGUAAGAAGAUUAGUAGGACCACGACAGGGACGAACGAAGAAUAGGGAAUCCCGACGUGGAUAAACCUGUUCCUCCUUGCGAUCGUUGGAUGACCGAACGUCUUCUUCGAAGUAAGAAGGUUAGUAGGACCACGACAGGGACGAACGAAGAAUAGGGAAUCCCGACGUGGAUAAACCUGUUUCUUCUCAUAGUUGGGAUGACGAACGUCUCCUGCGAAACCAGGAGACCAGUACUCACGAGACUUGGGAAGAACGAAGAACCAGUUCUUUACCGAAGUCUGUUGCGUGCCGAGUGUACACCGCUUAGCGGUCCAUACAUAGGACCACGGAUGCGGUAGACGAACGAAGACCAGCUCCAUGGAUCAGACACGAAGAACCAGUUCUUUACCGGAGUCUGUUGCGUGCCGAGUGUACACCGCUUAGCGGUCCAUACAUAGGACCACGGAUACGGUAGACGAACGAAGACCAGCUCCAUGGAUCAGACACGAAGAACCAGUUCUUUAUCGGAGUCUGUUGCGUACCGAGUGUACACCGCUUAGCGGUCCGUACAUAGGACCACGGAUACGGUAGACGAACGACGAUUAGCUCCCCAGAUCAGGUAGGAGGGACAUCACCCGGAUUUAUUUCAGGCUCACCAUUCCUUCCCGGAUGGAGUCCUGGCAGACGAUCGGCUUCUCACAGCCAAUCAGGAGAGAGACUUGACACAUCACCAGCACGGCCGAGGGCCGCGAGAGGCCGAGGGCCAUGAGAUGAUCAUCACUAUUUUAAUGCAUCACGAUUGGCCCCUCAGCGCCAUCGUGUCCAGAUCCACGGUUUGGAUCGCCCAUUCCCUCCAGGAUGGCGACGACCGUCUUAUGCAUCACGAUCGCCCCCUCAGCGCCAUCGUGUCCCGAUUCACGGUUCGGAUCGCCCAUUUCCCUCCAGGAUGGCGACGACCGUCUUAUGCAGUACGAUCGGCCCCUCAGCGCCAUCGUACCCAGCUCACGUUCAGCUCGUCCAUCCCUUCUAGGGUGCGACGAACGUCUUAUGCAUCACGAUCGGCCCCUAAGCGCCAUCGUGUCCUGAUUCACGGUUCGGAUCGCCCAUUUCCCUCCAGGAUGGCGACGACCGUCUUAUGCAGUACGAUCGGCCCCUCAGCGCCAUCGUACCCAGCUCACGUUCAGCUCGUCCAUCCCUUCCAGGGUGGCGACGAACGUCUUAUGCAUCACGAUCGGCCCCUCAGCGCCAUCGUGUCCAGAUUUACGGUUCGGCUCGUCCAUCCCUUCCAGGGCGGCGACGAACGUCUUAUGCAUCACGAUCGGCCCCUCAGCGCCAUCGUGUCCUGAUUCACGGUUCGGAUCGCCCAUUUCCCUCCAGGAUGGCGACGGCCGUCUUAUGCAGUACGAUCGGCCCCUCAGCGCCAUCGUACCCAGCUCACGUUCAGCUCGUCCAUCCCUUCCAGGGUGGCGACGAACGUCUUAUGCAUCACGAUCGGCCCCUCAGCGCCAUCGUGUCCAGAUUUACGGUUCGGCUCGUCCAUCCCUUCCAGGGCGGCGACGAACGUCUUAUGCAGUACGAUCGGCCCCUCAGCGCCAUCGUACCCAGCUCACGUUCAGCUCGUCCAUCCCUUCCAGGGUGGCGACGAACGUCUUAUGCAUCACGAUCGGCCCCUCAGCGCCAUCGUGUCCAGAUUUACGGUUCGGCUCGUCCAUCCCUUCCAGGGCGGCGACGAACGUCUUAUGCAGUACGAUCGGCCCCUCAGCGCCAUCGUACCCAGCUCACGUUCAGCUCGUCCAUCCCUUCCAGGGUGGCGACGAACGUCUUAUGCAUCACGAUCGGCCCCUCAGCGCCAUCGUGUCCAGAUUUACGGUUCGGCUCGUCCAUCCCUUCCAGGGCGGCGACGAACGUCUUAUGCAUCACGAUCGGCCCCUCAGCGCCAUCGUGUCCAGAUUCACGGUUCGGCUCGCCCAUUCCCUCUAGGAUGGCGACAACCGUCUUAUGCAGUACGAUCGGCCCCUCAGCGCCAUCGUCCCUGGCUCAUGUUCGGCUCGCCCAUCCCUUCCAGGAUGGCGGCGAACAUCUUUUAUGCAGCACGAUCGGCCCCCUCAGCGCCAUCGUGUCUCUUCCACGUUCGGAUCGCGCACCUCUUCCAGGAUGGCGACGAACGUCUUAUGCAGUACGAUCGGCCCCUCAGCGCCAUCGUCCCUGGCUCAUGUUCGGCUCGCCCAUCCCUUCCAGGAUGGCGGCGAACAUCUUUUAUGCAGCACGAUCGGCCCCUCAGCGCCAUCGUGUCUCUUUCACGUUCGGAUCGCGCACCUCUUCCAGGAUGGCGACGAACGUCUUAUGCAGUACGAUCGGCCCCUCAGCGCCAUCGUACCUGGCUCAUAUUCGCCUCGCCCAUCCCUUCUAGGAUGGCGGCGAACAUCUUUUAUGCAGCACGAUCGGCCCCUCAGCGCCAUCGUGUCUCUUUCACGUUCGGAUCGCACAUCUCUUCUAGGGUGGCGACGAACGUCUUAUGCAGUGCGAUCGGCCCCUCAGCGCCAUCGUACUUGGCUUCACGGUUCGGCUCGCACAUACCCUUCAGGAUGGCGACGACUGUCUUAUGCAGCACGAUCGGCCCCUCAGCGCCAUCGUGUCUCUUUCACGUUCGGAUCACGCAUCCCCUCCAGGAUGGCGACGAACGUCUCAUAUGCAGCACGAUCAGCGCCCCAGCGCCAUCGUGUCUGGCUCGUGUUCGGCUCGCCCAUCCCUUCCAGGAUGGCGACGAACAUCUCUUAUACAGCUUGAUUGGCCCCUCGGCGGCAUCAUGUCUAGUUCACCUCCGGCUCCGCCCAUGCCAUCUCGGAUGGGGGACCCGUCAUAUGCAGCAUGAUUGGCCCCUCGGCGGCAUCAUGUCUAGUCCACCUUCGGCUCCGCCCAUGCCAUCUCGGAUGGGGGACCCGUCUUACGCAGCACGUCUGCUUCUCGGCGCUGACAGGCCCGGGUUAUCGAUGAGAGCGACUGCUUCUAUCACAUCUUGCAUUCCAUCUCUCAUACAUUACAUACAUACAUUACAUGCAUACAUACAUUCAUGCAUCAUACCUCAUACAUUCAUACAUACACACGUGCAUCAUGUUUUGACAGUACCGCGACGUCGGUUCAUGGAUGUAUGGACCUCUAAGCUUCUCCGACUGGAAAGCUCGAGUCAGAGUCCUUUGCUCCCGCCUGAUGCAUUUAGACGGAGUGUACCCGUGGAGGAGCACCCUUCGCCCGACCCUGUUGGGAAGGGGGGUGCCUCACUGGUAGAUUACGUUCAGGAGUGCAGACACUCACUCAUAUAUGAUGAUUAUGUGAAGACACAGUUUCCAGUAAGACAGAGGAAGAGCGCAGGCAAGAGUAUACUUUCUCGAGCAGAUUCGCACGCUCACUACUCAAGAAACUGGGGGACUUGUGUUGGGAUAUAUUAUCCCGGCCUAUUACUGUUCAGGAGCCCAAGACAUUACUCAGUACGGAGCCCGAGCAGUUAGGCCCAUUCCGGCCCAUCCGGCCCACUUUAGCCAUUUGGGCCCACUCUGGCCCGUUUGGCCCAUUAGGGUGGAGAGCCCUUUCUCCCCUUCCCCUAUUUAUAGGAGGUUUUCCCUCCAUGUAAAGGAUCCCUUUGAGCUUCUUCUUCCCUUUUUCUCUCUAGCUAGCUCUCUAGAUUAGAUGAUACUCCAUGAAUUGGAGCUUGAAUACUUGUACUAUGUAAUGGUGAGGAGAGACUAAUGAGAAUGAGAGGGCUUGGACAUUAGCCUAAAAAGUCCUGUGGUUUUCUCCCUUUCGGGUUUCCACGUAAAAACUGAGUGUUCAUACAUAUAUCUACUAUAUCGUGUUGGAUUAAACUCAACACUUAGUUUACAACUCAAACACAUACAUACAUACACACAUACAUACAUAAAUACACAUAUGUAUGUAUGUAUGUAUGUAUGUAUGUAUGUAUGUGUGUAUGUGUGUAUGUGUGUAUGUGUGUAUGUGUGUAUGUGUGUAUGUGUGUAUGUGUGUAUGUGUGUAUGUAUGUAUGUAUGUAUGUAUGUAUGUAUGUAUGUAUGUAUGUAUGUAUGCAUGCAUGCAUGCAUGCAUGUAGGGGCGGAUUGGGCUAUAGGCGAGUGAGGUCCUAGGCCCCACACAAAAAACCUCUUUUUACUUGUAUAUACAUGUGUAUAUAAAUCAGGACCAACCUACAAAUAUAUAAUAAAAAAUGUUACGGAGUUAUACAUAGCAGUCUCCCAGUCAAACACAGUGCAUCGGUGCGGAACUUCACGAUGUUCAGAUGUUCCAAAGGCCAAAAACUGGCCCAUAUGUGAAAUGCCCAAAUUGCAGCAAAUUGACAUUCAAGCAUCGAGCCCUUAGGUGCUGUUCUGUUCGUCUUAUUCUUAUUACUUAUUACUUAUUCUUAUUUUAUUCAGAUCAGAUCAGAUCAGAUCAGAAAAAUUCAGAUCAGAUCAGAUCAGAUCAGAAAAAUUCAGAUCAGAUCAGAUCAGAUCAGAAAGAUUCAGAUCAGAUCAGAUCAGAUCAGAAAGAUUCAGAUCAGAUCAGAAAGAUUCAG